AUGGCGCGGCUGAAGCCGCCAGCUUCCCGGGACGACGAGCAAAAGCAUGGCAAGGUUCUCCGAAAACAGACCAAUGAGUUGGCGAAGCGUGACCGCGAGAUCAAUGCCUUGCUCUCCCACGUCGACUUUCUGAUCUCGCUGGUGAAUAAAGAAAAGACCCUCAGCCAGGCGAGGGAUGUUACUCGCUUCACCUACGCCACCGUCUUCUUUCUCCCGGUGGGGCUUGCGGUCAGUAUCUUCAUGGGAGUCUUCCGGGCGGGGAAAUCGGAGGAGUUGAUCCACGCGUCCUCUGUGCAGGAAAUCGUCAAGCCAAUCACUGCCAAUCCGGAGAAAGUCGACGAAGCCGACACAAAUGAAGAAUCUAUCUCUCCGGCUGGGCACCGGUCCAUCACUCGUUAUAUAUCUCAUAAGAUCGGGGCAUUGUCUGCCCUGAGACACCGACACGCCGCAAGGGAGAACGAGGGUGACGACCGAGCCUGA